AUGGCGCGAUUACUUUUCUUUGCUGUGUUUGUGUUGGGCACAGCGCUUCACUGCACCGUCGGCCAAGAAGCUGGUUUUCUAAGCAUCGACUGCGGCCUGGAGUCCAAGUACAGCGGCUACACGGACACCGACGAUGGCAUCUUCUACGUCUCCGAUGACAAUUACGUCGACGGAGGGGAGAACCACCGCGUGUCGGCCGCCGACGAGGGCUCGGUCUCUCGUCCACAGGCGACGCUCAGGAGUUUCCCCUCCGGUCUGCGGAACUGCUACGCUCUCCCCACCAAAAGCGGGUCCAAGUACCUAGCCCGGGUGCAUUCUGUCUACGGCAACUAUGACGGCAAGAACAACUCGGCGACGCUGCAGUUCGACGUCUACCUCGGGGUGAACUAUUGGGACACGGUGCGUCCCAACGUGGUGUCCGAGGUGCUGUUCGUGGCGCGGGCGAGCUGGACACCGGUGUGCUUCGUGAACACCGACCACGGCACGCCGUUCGUGUCGACGUUGGAGCUGAGGCUUCUCGGCAGCGACCUCUACCCGCUCGUCACGGCCAACAAGUCCUUGUCUAUGUUUCAACGCCGCAGCAUGGGCUCAAAAAUUCGAUUGAAACGGUACGACAGGGAUCGGUAUGACCGGUUCUGGUGGCAGAUGCCGUCUAACUCGGCGUGGAAUAACAUCUCCACCGAGUCGUCCGUUAAGGAGAAUGCCAACUACGCUGAGCCCCUGUCCGUUAUGCAGACCGCCGUGGAGUCGGUCAGCACCAACACGACGCUGGAAGUUCCGGUGUGGGAAGACCAAACGCCGGCCCGUGAGUUCAUAUUAAUCUUGCACUUCGCCGACUUCCAAAACAGCCAGCUCCGGCAGUUCAACAUCACAUUCAACAACAACGGGCGGGACAACUACAGCCCUCCGCACCUGGCCACCGAUGCCUUCGUGGACCGGUGGAAGGCCCCUGAUGGCAAGUACACCGUCAGGUGUCGAGCCACCGCUGCGUCCAAGCUUCCGCCGAUGCUCAACGCCUAUGAGUUUUACGCUAUCAUCUCCCAUGACAAUCCAAUGACGUCGCCAACAGAUUUUGACAUCAUCAUGUCAAUUAAACUGGAAUACGGAAUAAAAAAGAACUGGACGGGCGAUCCAUGUUUUCCUGCAUUCUGGGAAGGAGUUAAAUGCAGUAAUCCAAGUGAUAGCAUUAGUAGGAUUAUAUCUUUGGAUCUCUCCAAUAGCAACUUGCAUGGGGCCAUAUCUAAUAACUUUACGUUGUUCACGGCACUCCAGUAUUUGAACUUGGCAGGAAAUCAACUAAGCGGACCAAUCCCUGGUGGACUCUGUAAUAAACGAUCCUUCACUUUGAGCCUUGAUUCUAAUGGAGAUCCAUGCAUUCCAGCACCCCCGCCAGAAAAGAAUGGAAACAGAACUCUUAUCAUAGCAAUUUCAGUAGUUGUUCCUGUGAUAGCAAUUGUUGCUCUUGUACUUGCGUAUUUGAUCUGGAGGCAUAAAAGGAAGCCGAAUGUUUCUUCAGCUGAUCUUCCUAGAGAACUAGAGGUUAAUAUUGCUCCAGCGAGUAGAAAAGAUAAUGGGGAUCCUCUAACAAAAGUUGAGAAUCGCCGAUUCACAUACAAGGAGCUUGAGAAGAUAACUAAUAAUUUUGUGCAAUUCAUUGGACAAGGAGGUUUUGGACUUGUGUACUAUGGUCGUUUGGAAAAUGGUAUGGAGGUUGCUGUCAAGGUGCGUUCUGAAUCAUCAUCCCAUGGGCUUGAUGAAUUUUUCGCAGAGGUUCAAAGCUUGACAAAGGUGCAUCACAGGAAUCUAGUUUCUUUGGUUGGUUACUGCAGGGAGAAGGAUCAUUUAGCAUUGGUUUACGAGUACAUGGCUCGAGGCAGCCUCUAUGAUCAUAUGAGAGGUAAUAAUGGUGUUCGUGAAACUCUGAAUUGGAGAACACGCCUGCGAGUUGUCAUUGAAGCUGCACAAGGUCUAGAUUAUCUACACAAGGGUUGCAAUCUCCCAAUAAUUCAUCGAGAUGUGAAGACCCAGAACAUUCUAUUGGGUCAAAAUUUGCAAGCAAAAAUAGCAGAUUUUGGACUUUGCAAGACUUAUCUUAGCGACACACAGACUCACAUAUCAGUCAAUCCAGCUGGGUCGGCAGGUUACAUGGACCCUGAGUGCUAUCAAACUGGGCGCCUCACUGAGAGCAGUGAUGUUUAUAGCUUUGGUGUUGUUCUCCUACAGAUAGUCACCGGUGAGUCUCCCAUAUUACCAGGACAAGGCCACAUCAUUCAACUUGUGAGAAAAAAGAUUUCUGCCGGUAACAUCAGCCUAGUUGCUGAUGCACGACUCGGAGAUGCCUACGAUGUUAGCUCAAUGUGGAAGGUUGUGGACAUUGCAUUAUCGUGCACCGCUGAUAUUGGUGUUGAACGUCCAACCAUGGCGGCUGUAGUUAUACAACUGAAGGAGAGCCUAGUGUUGGAGGAAGCUCGUUUGGACAGUGGCUUUAGGGGAAGCAUAAGCACAAUGAGUGACACUAGUGUCCCCACCACCACCACACUUUCUCCGUUGGCAAGAUGA